AUGGCGGAUCCAGGCCAAGAAAACGUCGCGCACAUUCAGGUGGAUUCCGACCUCGCGGAGACGGAUUCUUCGUACGGCGACGACAGCCAGUCCACACACUCGCUGUACUCGACCAUCACCAACUAUGUGUACGAAAACGGGAGAAGGUACCAUAGUUACCAGCAGGGGUCCUACUGGGGACCCAACGACGACGCCGCGCUGGAUAACCUCGACCUCUAUCACCAUCUCUUCACCUCGACGCUCGGCGGCGAGCUGUUUCUGGCGCCUAUCGGGCCAGACCCGCAGAGGGUACUAGACCUAGGCACUGGGACUGGUAUCUGGGCAAUGGACUUUGCGGACCAGUUCCCAUCAGCCGCCGUCAUUGCUACCGACCUCUCGCCCAUCCAGCCGGUCAUGGUACCACCGAACCUUCAGUUCCAAAUCGACGACUUCUGUCUCCCUUGGACCUUCACACCGCCCGCCUCGUUCGACUUCAUCCAUGCUCGCUGCAUCUACGGCUGCGUCGCCGACUAUCCCGCCCUCUACGCACAAGUCCUCGAACACCUCAAACCCGGCGCAUGGUUUGAACACGCUGAGAUCAGUGUCGUAGCACGCUGCGACGACGAUAGCCUGGCUGGCACCUACCUGAACCGCUGGGGCCCAUUGGCACUUACGGCCGGGGAACGGUUUGGCAAGAGUUUCCGCAUAGCCGAGGACAUGGCAGAACUCAUGAGGGCGGCCGGCUUUGUGAAUUGGACACCAGAACAAGUCCACGUCCUCGUGGCGCACCUACGGAAAGAUCUACGCAAUCCAUCGAUUCACGCAUACCAAUACAUGUACAUCUGCUACGGGCAGAAGCCAGAAAGAUAG